GAUGGGAAUGUCACAUUCAAUGACCUGGUCCUUUGCAGGGACAUCAGUAAUUUGGAGUGUUUUCUGGAUUAUUGGAAUUUAGAACCUUAGGGUGUUCAGACAGGAGACAUCAGGUCCAGGCAUUGAGUCGGCAUUCGUAGAAAACCUGCUGCGUGCACCGUGGUGCAGACCACAGAGAUAUGGAAGAUAGCAGUGCAUGAGAAAGCCAGCCAGGCCCUAGUGAAAAAAGGCAAAGAAGGGAAAAACUCCUGACAAUCAGCUACCAGAUGAUCUUUAUGGAAGGGGAUUCCCUUUGAAACAAUGACUCUCUCUCCAUCCCUCCUCUCCGCAUCCGUGUCCACAGAUCCAGAUCCCCAUCCAUCUCAAGCCAAAAUGCCUCCCACCCAGGCAGAAAGUGUUAUCAAGAAUAUCAUUCGAGAAAUAGGACAAGAAUGUGCGGCUCAUGGAGAGAUUGUUUCAGAAACUUUGGUUGCUUUUAUGGUGAAAGCUAUUGUCCUGGAUCCAAGUAACGGCUUCCACAUGGACAGAACCCUCAUAAAAAGCGACGUACAGAAGCUGGUUAAGCUCUGUGUGACUCGGCUAUUGGAUAACAAAAAUCCAUCCCUGGACACCAUUAAGAUGCAAGUGUACUUUGAUAUGAAUUAUACAAGUCGAGAGGAAUUUCUUCAAGAGCAUCAUCGGGUCCUAGAGUCUAGGUUAGGCACUAUUAGCAGAGAAAUUACAGAUAACAGGUCAUGUGCUAGAGAAGAAUUGGAGAGCCUCUAUCGGAAGAUUGUCAGCUAUGUGUUACUACGCUCUGGGCUUGGAUCCCCAACAGAUAUCAAGAUUGUCAGAGAGGCAACAGCUGCUCUACAGAGUGUUUUUCCUCAGGCUGAGCUUGGGACAUUCCUAACUCUCUCUAAAAAGGACAAAGAACGCCAAUUGAAAGAACUCACCAUGAUUGUUACUGGAAUCCGUUUAUUUAACAGAGACUGUGGAAAGGGUGGAGAAGGCAUUGAUGACUUGCCAGCUAUUCUACAUGAAGCAAUUCCAGGUACCACUCAGCAUAUUGAUAACCAACUUCAAAUUGCUCAGGACCUUGCCUUCAGAUACACAGCCAUCCUUGAGAAAUUAAUACAGAACCCACUCAUGAGUCAAGAACUUCAGUCAUAUAUGUUAAAAGAAGCACUAUUCAACAUCCGACAAUAUGAGAUAUUCCUUCAGAUAAUUUUGUCAGAUAUAAUUACUUGUGCCCAAGAGGUGGAAAUGAUGACACAGCAGUUAGCAGCCCAAUUGGAGCAAUUAAAGAUGACUGUUAAAUCGAAGACUGCUGUCCCAACAUCACAAGUCUUUCCUGUUUUCAUUGCACUUUCCAAUCUGUGGACUAACUUUCAGGAUGAAACAGUUUUGCUUAGUGUCCUCAGUAAUUUAACCAUGCACCUCGAGCCGUUCCUGGGAACGCAUGAGCAACUCUUUCCAGAGAAAGUACUAAAGGAUCUCCUUGAUGGAGUGACUGUGAAAUCCGAUGUGUAUCGGAUAAAAGAACACAUAGAAGAUAAAGUACAAUUUCCAGAUUUCAGAAAAUUGGAGUGGCUCUUCCCAGAAACAACAGCAAAUUUUGAUAAAUUGAUAAUUCAGUAUCGGGGAUUUUGUGGUUACACAUUUGCUACGAAAGAUGGUCUUCUCCUUCCAGGAAAUCCAGCAAUUGGGAUUUUGAAAUAUAAGGAAAAGUAUUAUACUUUCAAUACCAGAGAUGCUGCAUAUUCAUUUUCAGAAAAUCCUGAACGAUACAUUGAUUUGAUUACAGAACAAGCAAAAAAAAAUGCAGAGUUAAUUCAGCUGCUGGAACUUCAUCACCAGUUUGAAACCCUCAUUCCAUAUUCACAGGUGAAGGAUGUUGACAAAUAUUACAUAAAACCAAUUACAAAGUGUGAAAGUAGCACACAGACGGAUACACACAUAUUGCCACCAACUAUUGUGAGAUCAUAUGAGUGGAAUGAAUGGGAGCUAAGAAGAAGAGCCAUACAGCUGGCCAAUUUGCGCCAGAAGGUUACUCAUUCCAUGCAAACUGACCUGAGUCACAUGAGAAGAGAUAAUUGUUCACAAGUGUACCCUUCAAAGGAUGCUAGCACCCAGUCCAAGCAAGAAAGCAGUACCUGCGUGCCUAGGCCCCAGAUUUUUAUAGCUGGUAUCCGAGGGGGACAGAGCAAAACCACUCAUGGGGUCAAGGUGAACUUAACUAGAGCAAUUGAUGAAACCUAGUUAGAGAUAGCAUUUUAAAAGAAGAUAUUACCCAAUUAUGAAUAAUGGCACAUAUUUAAUUUCAUGGGCCUGCAUAUUUCAUUGGUUGUAUGGAUGUUUAUUGGGUUCUCAUUUAUAGUCACUGUCAAACUACUACAGGAAAUUAGACAAUUGUUUUACUGUAAUAUGUUUAUCAAUCUAUUAAAAUUGAAAGAUAAAACUGUU